GCGGCGGCGGCGGCGGAGGGCUGAGGCGGGGGGGAAAUGGCGGCCACGGUGCUGGCGGCGCCGGACGGUGGUUCUGCCGUGAUGCCGGCGGGGAGCGCGGCGUCUUGUCCUCCUCCGCCUGGUCCCUCAGGUCCGGGUUCGUGGAGUCGUUCCUUGGAUCGAGCCUUAGAAGAAGCGGCGGCCAGCGGUACCCUCAGUUUGAGCGGCAGGAAACUCCGCGACUACCCGCGAGCCAGCGCCGCCAACCACGACCUCAGCGACACCACCCAGGCCGAUUUGUCACGGAAUAAACUGUCAGAACUUCCAGCAGAAGCGUGUUCCUUUGUCUCCCUCGAGAGUCUUAAUUUGUACCAGAACUGCAUUCGUUAUAUCCCAGAGGCUGUUUUGAACUUACAGUCUUUAACAUUUCUAAAUAUCAGUCGAAACCAGCUUUCAACGUUGCCAGUACACCUCUGUAGUCUACCACUAAAAGUUUUGAUAGCAAGUAAUAAUAAGUUGGUUUCAAUACCUGAAGAAAUUGGACAGCUCAGACAGCUGACGGAGCUUGAUGUGAGCUGUAAUGAAAUACAGACAAUACCUCCACAGAUUGGCAAUUUGGAAUCCUUGCGAGACCUAAAUGUUAGAAGAAACAAUUUGGUGCGUUUACCUGAAGAGCUUGCCGAGUUGCCUUUGAUUCGAUUAGACUUCUCCUGCAAUAAAAUAACAACAAUACCAGUUUGUUAUAGGAACCUCAGACAUCUGCAGACCAUCAUGUUAGAGAACAACCCUCUCCAGUCACCCCCUGCACAGAUAUGUAUAAAAGGGAAGAUUCACAUAUUUAAAUACCUGAACAUAGAAGCAUGCAAGAUAGCUCCAGACCUGCCUGAUUACGAUAGGAGACCCAUGGGAUUUGGAUCUUGCCAUGAGGAACUCUAUUCCGGUCGUCCGUAUGGAGCACUUGAUUCUGGCUUCAAUAGCGUGGACAGUGGAGACAAAAGAUGGUCAGGGAAUGAACCAACAGAUGAGUUCUCAGAUCUCCCUUUACGUGUGGCAGAGAUCACUAAAGAACAGAGACUGCGAAGAGAAAGUCAGUAUCAAGAAAACCGAGGGAGCACAGUCAUAACUAAUGGUGGAGUGGAACAUGAUCUCGAUCAGAUCGACUAUAUUGAUAGCUGUGCCACAGAAGAGGAGGAGGAAGAGGUGAGGCAACCCAAGUGCAUGGACUCAGACAGCCUCAGCUCACAAUUCAUGGCAUAUAUUGACCAGCGGCGAAUCUCUAAUGAGGUCUCACCAGUAAAGCCCGUCAGAGAAUUUCAGAGAACAGAGGAUACAAGACGAUACUUACAUCAAAACAGGGAUACUGAUGAAUUACGAAGACCUGAAACUCUAAAUUUGAUGCAGGACAGAGAGCAUCACCAGGUGCUAAGGAGUUAUGUGGACAGGACAGAGAGACCCCCGGCUGAUUCACCUUACUUUCUCUCUCUGUCAAGUCACCACAGUCAGGUGCCUAACCCAGACGCCGAGCUGCACCGCAGGCACAUAGAGCGUACCCGCCGGGAGGCCCAGCUGGCAGCGCGGCAGUACGAGGAGGAGAGGAUAAGAACAAAACAGAUUCAGAGAGAAGCUGUCCUUGAUUUUGUUAAGCAAAAAGCAGCCUUAAGUCCUCAGAAGCAAAGUCCUCUGGAUAGUGAGUGUCCCUUUCCAUCCAGAAGGUCUCAGCAUACUGAUGAUAGUGCCUUGUUAGUGAGUGAUGACAGAUCUACCAUCUCCCCUGGCUCACCCACCACUCAGACAGUCCACCUUUCCCCUCCAUAUCCUGGCCAUGCAGCCCCACCUUCCUAUAGAAUCCCUUCCCAGCGACCUGAGAGUUUCCUUUUCCGAGCAGCUGUCAGGGAUGAAGCAAACAAAGCUGUUACUUCAUCUUCUACCCGUGCCUUGUCUCCUGCUAAUGAUUCCACAGACCCUAGAGCAAGACAAAACUCCAAGCAGCGAGAGGAGGAGCUGGAGCUGAUAGAGCAGCUGCGUAAGAACAUAGAGUCGCGGUUGAAGGUGUCGUUGCCCAGUGACCUGGGAGCAGCUCUCACUGAUGGUGUUGUGCUUUGCCAUUUGGCUAAUCACGUGCGUCCCCGAUCUGUUCCCAGCAUUCAUGUCCCCUCACCUGCUGUUCCUAAACUUACGAUGGCAAAGUGCAGGCGGAACGUGGAGAAUUUCUUGGAAGCUUGCAGAAGGAUUGGAGUGCCUCAGGAGCAAUUAUGUUUGCCUCUACAUAUUUUAGAAGAGAAGGGUUUGACACAGGUAGCUGUGACUGUCCAGGCGCUCCUGGAGCUGGCACCCCCAAAGCAGCAGCAACUUCACCACUUGUCUGCUGUGUAAAGACCUCCAGGACCUUUUGGGUUACCUUGGCUAAGCAGAAGGACAUGAAGACUUUACUGCCCAUGCAGUGCAUCCAAACACACAGAGCUCUCUUCUAAGGAAAUGAGUUUCCAUGAUUCCUGACAGGAAUGUUUUACUUCAUUUCUCCAUUUUUUUGGAGAUCACAACAGUUUCCAAUAACAUUUUUAUUACCGAUAUUUUUGCCCCUUAUUUUAAACGAAAGCAAAAAUCCCCAAGAGCUGAUUGGGAGGGGUGCAGGGGAUUGAGUGGCUGGCUGCUGGAGCCAGCUGCACAAACUGACCUUGUAGGUUGAAGACAUGGGCGUAGAGUUUGGGAAGCGAUUCCUCGGGGAAUUGGUUUGUAAGAAAAGGAUGUUGCUGCAGCGGGCACACGGGGAAGGAAACUUCUGUCCUUCCCCACGGGGCUCAAAGAAAGGGGAUUUCUUUGCCUCCAGAGAACAACAGCUCUUUCUAUUACACGUUAAAGAAAUUGCACCACACAAUCUUAACCUGCAGUGUUUGAUAACAGGGUGGACUCUCGCUUGGCUGUAACUUGUGUUGGCACGUCCUCACUGCUUAAAAUUCGAAGGGAAAAAAGGAAAGAGAUGAUUUCUUUUCCCAAGGGAAACAAGACUGACAGUUUGCUGCACAAGAAACAUCUUAGUAACAGAUACUAAACCAAACCUGUGCGAAUUGUAUGACCCACGUUCAUAUUCUCCCUGGGUUCACUUUCUGCUUGGAUUUUAACGUGUUGCGUGCAGGAUUGCAGCCUGAUCUGCUAAUCAUUGGAAACCCAUUAUCAAGUGAUUGGUGGCUGAGGUGUCCCACACAGACAUGCCAGCACUGGGGAAUGGCCCAGACACAGGGACAUUGGUCAUUUUAAGAACAGAAUCACUGAAUUUCCACAGGUGGGCUGAAUUUUGGCAGGGCAGCAAUCUGUCACAGAGAUAGCUUCUCUUUCUGGGUUUAACAAGGCCUUAAAAAACCAAGUCUUUUGUCAUAGGAAUUUGAGAGAUGCACUGGUUUCACAGAACUAUCCCCACUUCCUUCCUCUUAACAUAAAAGUGGAAGUUCAGGAUGCAGGAAUGGGAGAGGCAGCUGACAAGUUUUGCAUUUUGCUGCAAAAGUGCCCUGUGAAUCGCAGAGCUCUGUGUGCCCUGGGCCUGGUCCUGAGGCCAAGCUGCCACGUUUCUUAACCAGAAUCUUUUAUCUUUUAAAAUAAAGCCCUUACAAAAUGCACUUCUCCUCCCCUGCUGGGCCUUUGUUAGGUUUGGCCAGUUCAAAGCAUCCCAGGACAUUCUGCUACUCCUACCUGAUGCACCAGGACCAACUGCAGACAUCAGAGGUGUUGGAUCUGGGCAUAUAUUUGAAGCACAAUACACCAAGAGGAUUUCAUGGGAUAAAAGGAGAAGAAAAGGAGCAGGCUAGCUAAAAGUCUCUUUUUUUCUGAAGUAAACCUGUUGUGAGCAAGGACUGGCCUUGGCUGGAUUUCUUUCCCUUUUGAUUUGCAGUUUUGUCUCUCCUCCAUUUUGCUUCACGUGUUUCUUUCAAGGUCCAUUGUGGUAACUGUUGAAUCCCUUAUUUCACAUACAUAUUCCAGCUGCUUCUUACUGGCAAUGGCUUAUCAGGUUGCUUGUGGAGAACACCUGAAAGGUAUUUAAAACUGCACAGCUGAAAAGAGAAAGCCUUUUGUUCUGGGUAAGAGCAUCGGCCUCAGCCCUGCAAGAAAUGAGAAUGCCAGGAGGCUGCAGUACACAUAGGAAGAGAGCAGUUCCCUCCAGACAGACUUUCCUCCUUCGGUAGGUCUUGUGUUUCACAUAGUUCUGCUUGCAAGGCGCAGUGGCAGUUGUUAAAGGACUACAUUGAAGUGCUGGGUAGGAGGUUCUGCCAGUCGCAGGCAGCAGCGCUGACCCCAAGUGCUGCUUCUGUGUCUCUGCACAUACUUAGAAAGUGUGGGGACACUGCCUUCAUCUUAGUCUUCAGUGUCAGGUCACUUGUACUGUUACAGGGGUGCGUUGCUUUGCACACCCGUUGUGGAGUAUUUCAGUCGCUGUUUGGAGCAGCCACAUCGUCCCUGGCACCGGGGGAAGAGUCACCUCAGCAGUGUUCAGGUCAGUGGAAGUUUGGGUGGUUUCAUGAGCAGCAGUUGUCAGGGAUGGCUGGGGUGGGGAGCUGGGCGGGCCCGGGGCCACCGGCUUCGUUCCGAGGGACGGUUCGCUCGGGCAGUCGCAGUGUUGGGGUAAGUUGGAUGUUUCUCACCCUGUCUGCUGGCAAACAUCACGGCUUGGCCAGCGGUGUCGGACAAAAAACCCAGGCCUGAGGGUUCACCGUACGGUUUAUUUAAUGUGUUAGCUCAAACCCAACUUGUGCAAAAGGGGUUGGGACUUUGGGGUGUUAUUUAUGUGCACUUUUUGUUGUGUCCCGUGAAAAGAGUAUUCUAAGGAAAACAUGUAUAAAAUUCUAUUUUGUGUGUUCAAGCAGAGAGGCCGUUGUCUGGCCUCCCUGGGCCUGUGUGCUGGAGCAUGGGGGAAGAGUCCACCCGAGCGUUCUGUGCUUGCUGGUGUUUGUACACAGCCCCCAUGGAGGCACCGGCCUGCCAUGGGGCAAAGCCGCCCCUUUCCCUUGUGAAGGGAGAGGCCUCCCCAUGGCCUCAGGGCUCCCCAGGCCUCAGGGCCUCGGCCUCUGCUUAAAAUAAACCACAGGCAACUUUUUACACCUCGGUUGUUUUCAGUAGCAACACAAUGGCAAAUGGUAUUUUUUAUCCUUUGAUGACUAUAAAUGGUUCUUUGAAAAAAAAUGGUUUAGAAACAGGACUUCUGAGGUGAAUCUGGGCGUCUGAAAGGUCCUUUUGUAUAGAGAUCGUGCUGUUUUACAAAGCCAUCUAAUUUUGUUACUGCUCAAAACUGUACACGUGUAAUUAAUAGAGUAAAAGAUUUUAAGGCUUCA